GCAAAGACAGUGAUCACCUUAAAUUGGUCUCUGUCCGUCUCCUCAGCCUCUUCCCCGGGAAAUCAGGACCAAUCACUUGGACCCAUGACACGUUUUUUACUUCUGGAUCAAGACGAGAAAACGCAGAUUUAAGUAAGGAGAUUAAGGAAAGAGGUGUAGAGUUUCCGGUGGGUUUUCACAUAUCUUCUGCACCACAUGACGUUCUGGGAUUGGAAUUAAACACUGGGAUUAUAUCGCGAGGACUCGAAGGAUCUAUUAUACAUAUUUUGAUGGCAGCUUAAUCUGCACAAAAGGAUUUACUGUUGGAAUUGCUAAAGUAUGCCUGAGACAGUUGAAGCGCGGUCGUCCACCACCACGAUGGUCAUCGACAGUAAGGCUGUGGACUCCGGGCCGGCGCCGGGGCAAAAACCCAAGAAGACUUUAAACGAAGAGCUCCACUCCACGUUCAGCUCUCCUCUGGCCUGGAUCCUGGUCCUGGCUCUGCUCAUAACAUGGUCCUGUGUUUUUGUCAUCAUGUUUGAUCUGGUGGACUACAAGACCGUCUCAGGUCGCCCACCUCCUGCCGUCAGGAAGGUUUUAAAGGAUAGAGGAGGGCUCAGCAAGAUCGGCGCAGACCCCAUAAAGGCGGUGAACGACGCCAUGGAGGAGUCGACAAAUAUAAUCAGCAUGAUCUUCAGCUUUGCAGCCAACAUGGUCGCUCCUGAAGAAGACGAAGGAAAUCUAUACGCAGUGAGGAAAAAAGGAGAGUUUCUACCGUCCCGAAGUAAAGUCAUCGGGAUGCAAGCACCGGCCAGCCAGCCAGUGAUAGAGGUGGUGGAAGAUGAAGAUGAAGACCUACAACAGGAAGAGGAAGAGGAAGAGGAAGGAGUGGAGGAGGAGGUGGAGGCUGCUGCUGCGGAGGAGGAAGAGGAGGAGGCGGGAGAGGAAGAACUAGAGGAGGAAGAGGAGGAGGAUGAUGAGGACGAUGACGAGUACUAUGAGGAUGAUGAGGAAGAGUACGAUGAGGAGUAUGAAAAAUAUUAUGAGGAUGAGGCGGAGGAGGAGGAGGGAGUGGAGGGGGAGGAAGAGGAGGAUGAGGAGGAGGAAGGAGCAGAAGCUGCUGAGGAUGAGGAAGAGGAGGAAGAGGAAGGAGCAGAAGCGGUUGAGGAGGAGGAGGAUGAAGAGAAGGAAGGGGCAGAAGCUGCUGAGGAUGAAGAGGAGGAAGAGGAAGGAGCAGAAGCGGUUGAGGAUGAAGAGGAGGAAGAGGAGGAAGAGGAGGAAGAGGAGGAAGGGGCAGAAGCUGCUGAGGAUGAAGAGGAGGAAGAGGAGGAAGAGGAGGAAGAGGAGGAAGGGGCAGAAGCUGCUGAGGAUGAGAAGAGGAGGAGGGAGGAAGAGGAAGAGGAGGAAGGAGCAGAAUCUGCUGAGGAUGACGAGGAGGAGGAGGAAGAAGCUGCUGAGGAGGAGGAAGAGGAGGAAGGAGCAGAAGCUGCUGAGGAUGAGGAAGAGGAGGAGGAGGAAGAGGAGGAAGGAGCAGAAGCGGUUGAGGAGGAGGAGGAGGAGGAAGGAGCAGAAGCUGCUGAGGAUGAGGAAGAGGAGGUAGGAGCAGAAGCUGUGGACGAAGAAGAGGAGGAAGAGGAGGAAGGAGCAGAAGCUGCUGAGGAGGAGGAAGAGGAGGAAGGAGCAGAAGCUGCUGAGGAUGAGGAAGAGGAGGAAGGAGCAGAUGCUGCUGAGGAGGAAGAGGAAGACGGGGCAGAAGCGGCAGAAGAAGAGGAAGAAGAGUCAAAAUCUGAAGUAGCUGCAGCUGAGAUUGAUGAUGAUGAUGAUGCUGAUGAUGAUGAUGAUGAUGAAGAAGAGAAGGCAGAUGAUGAUGAUGAUGAUGAAGAAGAGUCCGAACCUGCAGCUGCUGAUGCUGACGAUGAUGAUGAUGACGAUGAAGAUGAUGACGUUUCUCCUGAACCCAUCUCCACGUCAGAGGAUGAAGAGUCGGCGGUGACUCCUGACUCUGAGUCUGAUGCUCCUGUUGCCGUCGACGACAGUGAUGAAGAUGUCGCCCUUCUUGAUGAACAUGAAGACAAACACGAAGAGGACAGCGACGAAGACGUUGCUCUGACUGAUGAAGAUAACGAUGAAGACGACUCGGAUGACGAUGCAUUCGCUGACUCCUCAGACCUCAGUGAAUCAGACCUUCUCUCCAGUGACGAAGAGGAUGAUGAAGAUGACAGAUUAGCGGAGGGUGUUGUGACAACCGAUAGCGACGACAUCAUUUUAGAAGACAGCGAUGAAGACCUGGAGCUUGAUCUUCCUCCUAUUUCUGCUGCCAGUGAGGAUGAUGAAGAUGAUGAUGAUCUAAAAGAGGAAGAGCUUCCUCCUUUACCUGCGCUCGAGGAUGAUGAUGAUGAAGAAGAUGUCAAACUUGUUGAAGAGGAUGAUGAAGAUGAAGACCAAUCAGACGAGGACUUCUCCGUCGCCUCCUCCGAUCACUUUGCAGAUGACGAAGACGAUGAUGAAGACGUUGAUCUCAAGGACGAAGAUCUCGACUUUGACCUUGCCAAAGAAUUCCAAAUUGACCUUGACGACGACACACCUGAUGAUGUCAUUGAUGAAGACGUCCCUGACGAAGAGGAGGAUAAAGAGGAAGAGGAGGAAGGGCCUCCUCUGGAGAGCACAGACAGCGGAGUGUUAGGCGAUGAAGAUGAUGAUGAAGACGAUGACGACUUCGCUCUUUCGACAGAUGAAGAGACCAUCCUCAGUGAAGACGUCUCCUUUGAGACGACCGGCGAUGAAGAUGAUGAUGAAGAAGUUAUCGACUCGUUUGAGUUCACCUUGGAUCAGGAAGGAGAAGUAACAUUUGUUGACGCUGAAAAAGACGACGGUGGUGAUGAAGAUGAUGAUGAAGUAACAUCAGAGUCUUUAGCUAGUGAAGAUGACGAAGACGAUGAUGAUUAUGAAGAUGUUGAUGAAGAUGAUGUUGACAUCUUGCUAGCAGCUUCCUCUGCAGCGGUGCUUACCGUCCAGAAGGAGGCAGUGAAGACUGAGGCAGACGAGGAAGAGGAAGAUGACAUCACAUCAGCUUCAGAGGAAGACGACUCAGAGGAGGAUGAGGCAGAAAACAUCAUCCUCUCUCAGCCUGCUGCUCUCGAGGAAGAUGAUGACGAUGAGGGAGGGGAAGAUGAAGAGCCAACACCUGAACUGAAGAAAUCUGUGGACGAGCUUGAAGAUAAAAAAGAGGAAGAGUACGAUGAAGACGACGAUGAGGAGGAGAAGGCGUCGGUGGAUGUGAUCAAACCCGUCCCUGAAGCUGAGGAGGAAGAGACUGAAGCAGCAGAGUGUCCCUGUAUGCACUCUGGAAAGGCCAAAGAGCCUGACACCAAGACUGUGGAGAAAAAAGAUCCCCCAAAGCGAGUUUCAUCUGUAAGAAGCAAAAAGGAGCGUGAAGCUUUGAAGACCGGUGAAAAGCCAAUAAGAAAAGGUUUACCCAGAAUGGCGUUCUUUGAGCCCAAAGCCAGAGGCGCUGCGAAACUCCCUGCUCUUCUCAGAGCCAAGAGAGCAGCAAAGAUUGCAGCCAAGACUCCCAAAAAAGAGACAGAAGCAGAAAAAGAGCCAGAGACCAAAAAACAGGAAGAAGUCACAGAAUCUGGAGAAGUCGGACCCUGCAGACCUGCACCAGUUUACUGCCCGUCCCCUCCCGGCUGGUACGUUCAUCACGUGGUCACAGACAACCCGUACCCUCCUCCAACCAUGCCAGCUCCCUCAGCUCCGGUUCUGACGGCUCACCCCUCUCACCCUUUGGACCCUGGAGCUCCCCCUCCCAUGCACCCUCUCUAUCAGCAGCACAUGCACCCAAUGUUUCAAUACCAGCCGUACCCACACAUGCACCCUCACAUGCACCCUCACAUGCACCCUCACAUGCACCCACACAUGCAGCCUCCCCCAGAACAACACAUGCCACCAGUACAACCAGAAGCAGAAACAGAGCAGCAGAAACCAGCAGCUGAAGCUCCGCCUGCAGAGACUGAAGCUCCCGCUGAGCCGGAGACUCAGAGUCCAGCUGCUGAACAACAGUCAGAGCCAGUCGAGGAAGAAGUGAAAGCCCCCGCUAUAAAGAAAGCUGCACCGAAGAAAACAAAGGCUGCAGAUUCAGAAAAAGAGGCAGCAGCAGCAGCCGCACAGACGGCGGAGAAAGAUGCUUCCAAAGAGAAAACCAAAGCUGGUGCCGCAAAGAAAGAGCCAGCUGCAGAGAAAAGCAAACCGGCUGCAGCUGUAAAGAAAGAGCCAGCUGUGAAGGAGAAGACUAAAAGUCCUGCAGCGGCUAAGAAAGAGCCAGCUGUAAAAGAGAAAACCAAAGCAGCGGCUAAGAAAGAGCCUGCAGCUGCAAGACAGAAGAGGAAACCAGCCUCUGAGAAGACAGAAACGUCUCCCGUCAGGAGCAAAGACAAGACUCCGACAGCAAAGAAAGAUCCAGAGCCGAUCAGCCGCCUGAGAGCGAGACUAGAAGAUGUGAGGAAAGCAAACGUCACGUCUCAGGCGAAAGAGGAGAAGACGGCCAAAUCUCCUGAAGCAGCCAAGACGAGGUCAAAAUCAUCAGCAGACUCAAAAAGCACAUCUGAGAAGGCUGAAAAGAAAUCUGUGAAAGAGUCUGAAGACAAAGAGAACAAACCAGCAAAAGCCAAGGAGACCGCGACUGAUGAAAGUAGCAAAGAGAAGAAGAAACCAAGUCAGAGAUUCUUCCAGUGCGUUUACGUCCCCGGUAGAAACGCUCAGUACCCGUUACGACCUUUAACCCCGGCCAUGUCCCCCGCCAUGAGGUCCCCCGCCAUGAUGUCCCCCUCCAUGAUGUCCCCUGCCAUCAAGUCUAUGUUGGAGCAGCAGCAGAAGGCGGCUCGAGCGUCGGGACAAUAAGACAAACUCUCUGAAAACUGAAAACUCUACCGCUCCCCGUCCAGCAGGGGGAGCCCUUUUCUAAAUCUGUGGAUCCUCAAACUCUGAGGAAAACCACAGACCGAUAGAUGAGAGAGGAAAGACAUAUUUUGUCUUUAAUUUAUUUAUGUAUAUUUCUCUCCAUGUGGUCGAGCUCCUGUUGAUAUCUCCCAUCGCUGCCAUGCUUUAGAUUUGAUGUAUUUUUUUAUUUAUUUUCUUGGUUGGCCCAUACAUGAACUUUGCUCAUUUCUUUUUCAGCCAGCAUUAGUUAAAUUAAACAAAUUUAACUAUGUAUUUUUACAAAAAUCUAAUUUAUGUGAAUAUAAAAAAUUGGAAAUCCCAAAUAUUUGUAAUUUAGGCAAAAUUGAAUGAACACAUGUUUUCAGUUUACGUUUGUAAGUUUAAUAUUGAUGUAUUUAAUGUUCAUAUGUUAUCUAAUUUAACAUACUUGAAGGCAUUUGCUCUGACAAGAACAUUAAGCAUUUGUUUUGUUGCAUGAUAAAUUAAAAAAACACAACAGAAUAUACAUUUAUUCAGUCAUAAUAAUUUCAAAUGUGGAUAUUAUUUUGCAAAGAAACUUAAAAAACGUAUCAAAAAAUGAGAAGAUAUAUCGAAAUGGCUGGUAUCGGACUUGAUGGGAUUAACCAUUACUUGAAUGGGCAUGUUGCAUAAUUCAGAUUUUUUAUUUUACUAUUAGAGCUGUUAUCUUUAGCUAGUUUUAUCUUUCAUUUCUAAUCAUAGAUUCAAAUCACCCUUGCCCUGCGUCCCGUAACGAGAGCAUGUUGUGUUUUAAAUGCACCAGAUUAGCAUGUUAAUGUUCGGAGGGUGAAAUCCCAGGAGCUCCCACAUCUGAUCCCAGCAUCCUCCCUGUCUCUGAUCCCGAGUGUCAUCAACAUGAUAAACGUUGGCAAAUGAAUAAUGAUGAUGCAUUUCCUUCUUACAUCACCUAAUUAUAGGCAGGAGUAAAGAGCCCAGUGUAUGGACCUGCAGGACAUGCUAAAAUAACACACUUCAUUUCAAUUAAAUUAGUUCAAAGAGAUCCUUUGACAUGUUAAAAUGCAAUUUUUGGAUGGUUUUAAUUCCCAGAAACAAAUGCAUUUAUUUCUAUUUAAGGAAAAAGUUGCUAAUUUAACAUCAAAUAAGCUAAAAGAAGGGCUUGAAGUAAUAGUAUACAGUAUAUGAGAUCCGCAUCUAAUACUACUGAGAUUUUUAUACUUGAGUAAUGUUCUUUUAUUAUAAAUAAUUGGCAAUUUUCCAAAUCUUUAAAGUCAGCUUUUUUCUUAACAAUGUGUGUAAUUUUGGGUGUCAAUUUCCCAUAAUGCUGCAUAUGUUAUCACCUAGGAUCUCUGACAGUUUAAAUAUGAGCUUUAUUUAGACACAAAUAGUUAUUAUAACAUUUUCAGAGACAGGGAGUCUGCAUAGGACGACUUUAAUGACCAACUAAUGAGACGCUGUGAUGUCUACAGUGGAUACAUGUUAUGUUACUGAUCGGCUUAUUUACAGAGCUUGAUACAUGUUUUCAUAUUUUCUGUUACCUCACUCGCUUUGGUUUUGUACCUUCAACCACGAGGCUGCAAAACUGUAGCUGAGCUUUUAUCGGCAAUUUGCUGUUGUCUUACUGAGUGAAACCCAGAGAACCAAAAGGGUGUUAUCACACUGUUAA